AUGGGACUCCCCGCGACCGCCCACGGUCAGGAUGACAGCAAAAGCAUCGACCGGACUAUAGUAGGGGAGGAAUCAUACAUUUCACAAAAUGAGAAAUCAGAGAAGCCAGAGGCACUUGGGGCCGCCACCGACAGUUCCUCGUCAUAUGAUCUCGAGUCACCGCCCACAUCGGACGGCUCUGAACAUGCGGGCGACAUGUUUGACGACGAGAAGGAAUUGGAACAGCACCCCGACAGUGUCACGGACGGUGCUGAGUUGGGUCAGCAGAAGGCGGAAGCAGCAGCGCUUGUAUGGAGCUGGCCAGCGUUGGUUGGAAUAUAUGCUUGGAUCUGGGUCUGCACAUUUAUGUUGGCAUUUCACUCGAAUAUAAGCGGCUUCCUGAUCAACUACAUCCAGGGUGGUUUCCGAUCCGCACCGCAAGUCUCGACAGCCUAUAUCCUCGCAAAUAUUGUGGGUGGCGUUCUGAAGCUACCGCUCGGUAAGACCUUGAACUUGUGGGGUCGUGCUGAGGCCCUGGUGGUCUCGACUGGCAUCUACCUCCUCGGCAUGAUCAUUCUCGCCGCGAGCAACGGCCCCAAUGAAUACGCGGCGGGCUACGUGUUCUACUGGAUUGGUUACUACUGUAUAUACAUGAUCUUGAAUAUUUUUGUUGCUGAUACCUCGGGUUUGAGAAACCGAGCGUUCGCUUUUGGCUUUAUUCAGACUCCUUUCAUCUGUACUGCAUUCACGGGCGGACUUGCCGCAAACUCGAUAUAUGCUAAGUAUGGGUGGCGCUGGGGCUAUGGCAUCUUCUGCAUUGUGAUGCCGUUUGUGUUCUUGCCCCUCGCGAUGGCCUUCAAGUACUUCGAAAAGAAGGCAGAGAAAAAUGGCAUCUUCCGUCGACAGCCUAGUGGUCGCACUGUUAAACAGUCUAUCGUCCACUAUCUCCAUGAAUUCGAUGUUGUUGGUGCUUUCUUGCUCAUGACCGGUUGGGUAUUGUUCCUCUUGCCAUUUAGUUUGUUGCAGUACGGCCGCUCCGAGUAUUCAAGUGCAAGUUUUAUUGCUCUCAUCAUUGUCGGUGUCUUCACCUUGGGUGUCUUCGCAGCAUGGGAGAAAUGGGGUGCACGAACCCACUUCAUCCGCUACGAGUUGAUCAAGCGGCCAACAAUCCUAGGUGCAUGUCUAUUAUCCGCCGUGCUAUUUUUCAGCUUUGAACUCUGGGAUCAGUACUUCUACAACUACAUCCUGAUCUCCUACGACAUUUCCGCCGUCAACGCAAAUUACAUGCUGCAGAUUUACAACGUCGGCUCCUGCUUCUUUUCUCCCAUCAUUGGUGCCAUCAUCUGGGUCACCGCGCGCUUCAAAUACAUUUGCCUGUUCUUCGGAGCCCCGCUGAUGAUUCUCGGCUCCGGGCUGAUGAUCUACUUCCGAGGCUCAGACCACGGCAUUGGCUACGUUGUCAUGUGUCAGAUCUUCAUUGCCUUCGCCGGUGGCACCCUCGUCAUUGGCGAAGACAUGGCUGUUAUGGCGGCAGGUGGCCGCGAGGGCACUCCAAUGAUGCUGGCCCUCAUUGGAUUGUUCUCAAACAUCGGUGGCGGAAUUGGCCUGGCUGUUGGCGCUGCUAUCUACAACAAUGUCUUCGUCAAUACCCUCAUGACACAAUUGCCAGACAACUUGAAGGCCAAUGCCACCCAGAUCUACCUCGACGGUAUCCCCGUGCAGUCGACUUAUCCCUGGGGAACCCCGCUUCGCGAAGCUGUCGCCUAUACGUGGGGCUAUGCCCAGCGGCUGAACUGCAUUGCUUCCACUGCUAUCUUGGCUUUGACUAUUCCUUGCAUUCUGGUCUGGAAGAAUUAUGAUGUUAACCGGAAACAGAACAAGGGUAAAAUGAUCUUUUAG